AUGUGUGAUCAUUCUGAUUCUUCUGAGUUUUAUUCCAAGUCUUCUGGAUAAGAUUAUAAGUAAGAGGUGCUUUUAAAUUAAGGAAACAAGAUCAUUAGAUAUAAUAAAAUAGUGAAAGUGAAAAUGACUUAAUAAAAAAGAAAGCUAAAUUAAAUGAUGAAAGUGGAUAAAUUAAAAUAUCAAGAAAAGUGAGUGAUGAUUUAAUUAAAAUAUUUGAAAGAUUACCUAAUGAUUAAAUAACUAAACUUUUAGAUGUAAUCAAAGUAAAAAAUUCACGUAUAACAAAAUUCUAUUUUUAUAGCUGAUUUACAAGUAUAAGUCAAUUUAGAAGAUUUAAUGCCAAAAGAAGAUAACUUUGUCUUAGAUAGUUAAUCAGAUUCUUAAAAGGGAAAACAAAGGAAGAGAAGAGAAUCAAAAGAAAAAGAAUGUAAAUGUUGUAGAUAAUUUGUUAAACGUCAUCAUUGUACACAUACAGGUUGUGAAAAACCUUGUUAAAUCUAAGAAAAAAUGAAGAAAAAUAAGCAAUGA